AUGUCCAACAAUAUUCUUAUAGUGGGCGGCACGAGAGGCCUCGGCGCCUCACUCAGAGAUCUAUACUCCAGAGACCCCACCAAGCAUGUCUUCGCAACAUGGAGAACAGAAUCCCACACCAGCACAGACUCUUCAACUACCUGGCUGGGAGGUAUUGAUCUGACUGAUUCCGAAGUAGGCCAAAAGCUGGUCUCACAGAUUCCACCCUCAACUACAUUCUCGACUGUGAUCAUCUCAGCGGGAUAUUUCGGCUUUGAGUCUUUCGAUGCCCCGGACUGGGAGAAAGAGACUCGGAUGUACACUACAUCAGCCAUUGCGCCGGUCUUCCUAGUUCAUCACCUUGUUAAGGCUGGUAUUCUAGUUGAGGGUAGUAAGGUUAUUCUUGUCAGUAGCGAGAGUGGAAGUAUUACUCUCCGCCAUGAGACAGAGGGUGGAGGAAAUUAUGCACAUCAUGCUAGCAAGGCUGCUUUGAAUAUGGUAGGGAAGCUUCUCAGCUUUGAUCUGAAGCCUGUGGGAAUUGCUGUUGGAUUGGUGCAUCCGGGCUUUAUGCGGACUGAUAUGACGAAGGGAGUUGGAUUCGAUAAGUACUGGGAUGUUGGUGGAGCGGUUACUCCUAAUGAAGCAGCUCGCUCGCUCGUACCCUUCAUUGAUAAAUUCGACAUUCAUAAGACUGGGGAGUAUUGGGCUCCAAGAGGACCUGGAGAUAUUGGAACAGCCAAGGACGUCCUUGGAGCCGACCUGCCAACACCCUUACAGCUCCCCUGGUAG